UUCAUGGUCAGGGAGUGUCGUUAAACGACUUAAUAAAUGAUACAUUUAAAACUAAACCAGAGACUGGAAUAUCUUUAAACGAUUUAAUUAAUAACACAUUUAAAACCAAACCGAAUACAACAACCCCAGAUUCGGGUACAAAAGUGACGGAAUCACCCGACGUAGUGAAAAAAUCCUAUAAAACUUGUGGACUUGAUAAAGAAUGUGUUCCACGACAUCUGUGCCUGGAUGGUGUCGUAAAUAACAAUGGUGUGGGUAUGAUUGAUAUUCGAGUUGAUCGUGCGGUAUGUUCAUACAAUGAAUUAUGCUGCGAUCUAAGUAGAAAGACAACGGUUCCCGUAGUAGCUCCCACACCGCCCGUAGUACACCAAGGUUGUGGUUGGCGCAACGAAAACGGUGUUGGUUACAAAAUUUCCGGCGCCCGCGACAAUGAAACUGAAUUCGCAGAAUUCCCUUGGAUGGUGGCCAUCGUACGCAGCAUGGAUGUUAAUGGGGAAAUUGCAUAUAUGUAUGCCUGUGGUGGAUCACUGAUAGCCAAAAACGUAGUCUUGACCGGCGCCCAUUGCCUCAUCAAUCGUGAGCCUAACGAGCUCAUUGUCCGGGCCGGUGAAUGGGAUACUAAAAGCGAAAAUGAAAUUUUACCACAUGUCGAUAGGAGGGUACAUGAAAUAAUCCGACAUGAACAAUUCCACAAAGGUGCCGUAUACAAUGAUGUAGCUUUACUGAUUCUCAACGAACCCUUCGAAUGGCAGGAAAAUAUUCGACCCAUCUGUCUACCAGAAUCAAAUAUACAUUUUGAUAAUCAACGUUGCUACGCCACCGGUUGGGGUAAAGAUAAAUUCAAUAGUGAAGGUCAAUAUCAGACGAUAUUAAAGAAAAUUGAUUUACCCAUUGUUCCGCAUGACCAAUGUGAAGAGAUGUUACGGCAGACUCGUCUUGGCUUGCGUUUUGAUCUGCAUGAAAGUUUUAUUUGUGCGGGUGGUGAGAAGGGAAAAGACACCUGCAAGGGUGAUGGGGGAUCACCGUUGGUAUGUCCUGUGUCUGGCACAGCUGGUCGGUUUUAUCAGGUCGGCAUUGUGGCAUGGGGUAUCGAUUGUGGUCAGGAAAAUAUUCCUGGUGUUUAUGCAAAUGUCCCGCAUUUACGUUCUUGGAUUUUAGAGAAACUCAACGCUAAAGGUAUUUCGUAUGAAGAUUUUACACCAUUUCAUGGUCAGGUAGACAGUGUGAAAAUACACGAAUUAAUAGAAAGUAUAUUUAAAACUAAACCGAAUACAACUACCCCAGCAUCGGGUACAAUAGUGACGGAAUCACCCAACGUAGUGAAAAAAUCCUAUAAACCUUGUGGACUUGAUAAAGAAUGUGUUCCACGACAUCUGUGCCUGGAUGGUGUCGUAAGUAAACAUGGUGUGGGUGUGAUUAAUCUUCGACCUGAUGAUGCGGUGUGUACAUACGAUCAAAUAUGCUGUGAUCAAAGCAGAAAGACAACGGUUCCCGUAGUAUCUCCCAAACCGCCCAUAGUACACCAAGGUUGUGGUUGGCGCAACGAAAUCGGCGUUGGUUUCAAAAUUACCGGCGCUUACGAUAAUGAAGCCGAAUUCGCAGAAUUCCCUUGGAUGGUGGCCAUCCUACGCAUCAUGGAUGUUAAUGGGGAAAUGUAUGCCUGUGGUGGUUCACUGAUAGCCAAAAAUGUGGUCUUGACCGGUGCUCAUUGUGUCAUCAAAAUUGAGCCUAACGAGCUCAUUGUCCGUGCCGGUGAAUGGGAUACUAAGAACGCAAAUGAAAUUUUGCCACAUGUCGAUAGGAGGGUAUAUGAAAUAAUCCGACAUGAACAAUUCCACAAAGGUGCCGCACACAAUGAUGUGGCUUUACUGAUUCUCAAUGAACCCUUCGAAUGGCAGGAAAAUAUUCGACCCAUCUGUCUACCAGAAUCAAAUAUAAAUGUUGAUAAUCAACGUUGCUAUGCCACCGGUUGGGGUAAAGAUAACUUCAAUAGAGAAGGUCAAUAUCAGACGAUAUUAAAGAAAAUUGAUUUACCCAUUGUUCCGCAUGACCAAUGUGAAGAGAAUUUACGACAGACUCGUCUUGGAUUGCGUUAUGAACUGCAUGAAAGUUUUAUUUGCGCGGGCGGUGAGAAGGGAAAAGACACCUGCCAGGGUGAUGGAGGAUCACCGUUGGUAUGUCCAUUUCCUGGUACAACAGGUCGGUUUUAUCAGGUUGGCAUUGUGGCAUGGGGUAUCGAGUGUGGCCACGAAAAUAUUCCUGGUGUUUAUGCAAAUGUCCCGCAUUUACGUUCUUGGAUUUUGGAGAAACUCUCCACUAAAGGUAUUUCGUAUGAAGAUUUUACACCAUAA